UUUGGAAUUAACGCAGCCGUAAUUUCUGCGCUGAUCCUUGCCGGGACCCUGCUCCGGACCCAGUCCUUACUAGGUUCCGCCAUGCCCCGCUUGGUCAGGGCUCGGGUGAGCGCCUUGCCUGGGGAUCCGGAGUCCGGAAAGCGGACGGAGAGAGCCAAGUCCGGGCCACCUCGGGUGCUGCUUCCAUCCACACCGCCAGUACCCACCACCGAGCGCAUACUGCAGCGGGGGAUCUUUGAGAUCAACGGGAGGAGCUGCGAUGUGGUGCUGAGCGACAGCGCUCUGCGGUGGAAGCCCAUCCAACCCGAGCACCCCGCUGCCCCCGCAGCCGGUAAUUCCAAAUGUGACUUCUUGAGUAAAGAAGAAUUUAUUGAACUCAAAGAUUUAUUUUCUGUGAAACUGAAAUGGCGUCGAUCUGCCAAACAACAGAAAGGUGGUACUUUGUUAGGUAUCACACUUUUUGUCUGUAUGAAAAAGGAACAAAAUAAAUUAAAGGAUUAUAUCCUAAAUCUUAAUAAUUUAAGUGAAGACCACUGUGCCUUGUGGGUUAAAGAUUUGAAGAAAAUUUUAACUGAAUUUUCAAACCGACCCAAAUCCUUAAAAGUACUUAUAAACCCACAGAGUCACAAAAAAGAAGCUGCCCAUAUCUAUUAUGAACAUGUUGAACCUCUUUUGAAGCUUGCAGAAAUAAAGACGGAUGUAACAAUAACAGAAUAUGAAGGACAUGCCCUAUCACUGCUAAAGGAAUGUGAACUUCAAGAAUUUGAUGGGAUUAUCUGUGUUGGUGGUGAUGGAUCUGCAAAUGAAGUGGCUCAAGGUUUACUUCUUAGAGCCCAGAUGGAUGCUGGGAUAGACACAAAUUAUAUCCUGACACCUGUCAGAACUUCACUUCCUCUUGGGAUAAUACCAGCAGGUUCUACCAAUGUACUGGCACAUUCAAUUUAUGGAGUCACCCACAUAGAGACUGCUACAUUACAUAUUAUAAUGGGACAUAUGCGAACAGUAGAUGUCUGCACAUUCAAUAGUACAGGCAAGUUUCUUCGCUUUGGAUUCUCGGCUAUGUUUGGCUUUGGUGGAAGGACAUUGGCUUUGGCAGAAAAACAUCGUUGGAUGCCACCUAAUCAAAGGAAGGACUUUGCUACAAUUAAAACACUGGCAAGCCUCAAACCCGAGAACUGUGAAAUAUCAUUUUUACCUGCAAAAACCUCACAGAACUUCCAGGAAGGCAGUAGAAAUGAACAUAGAACAACAGAAUCUGACUAUAACAACCAGUGGCAGAAGAUUCAGGGUCAUUUCCUGAACAUCAACAUUAUGGCAAUCCCUUGCUGUUGUUCAAUGAUCCCAGAAGGCUUAGUUCCUAAUACCAGAUUAAAUAAUGGAAGUAUGACUCUUAUUAUUGCACGAAAUACUUCUCGACCAGAAUUUGUAAAACAUCUGAAAAGAUAUGCCAGUUUAAAAAACCAGUUUAAUUUUCCAUUUGUUGAGACCUACACUGUUGCAGAAGUAAAAAUCCAACCAAGAAAUAACUGUGAGUGUGACACAGGAGAAUUUCAGUUUCAUGGAACAUCUAGCAAAAAAAAUUACCCUUGGAAUGUUGAUGGAGAUUUAAUGGAAGUGGUAUCAGAGGUUCAUAUUAAGGUGCAUCCACAACUUAUCAAGCUUUAUGGAGGACAUCUGGAAGAAAUGAAUGACUACAAAUAAUAUUAAAUUGUUAUUAGAAGAAAUGUAUAAAAUUGGGAUAUUAAUAGCCCAAAUAAUUUUAAAAUCAAAAUGCCUAUGUUAUAGAAAACAUAAAUUUUAGCUUUUAAAAAUCUAUAAAAAUUAGAAUGAGUUGUUAAAUAAUUUUAGUAAAAUAUAUAUUUAUUGAUAGUGCAGAUCAAGAUUUCAUGGGUUUUUUUCCAGUCUAUUCAUAGAGUAAAUCAUCCAAAUAACUACAAUUGUUCUAACUUAGAUUAUUAAAAUAAAAUUAAGAUUUUGCAUUUUUUUGAAAUGAAUAAACUCAUUUUGAAAAUUUUCUAA